AAAGAGUAUUAUAGCAUUUUAAUUGGGUUUAUUUUUUAUCACAAGUUUAGUAGAGUCAAUAAAAGCUUGAUCAAAGUCAUGCAUGUAGAUAUCAGCAAUUAGUACUUGUGUUUACAUGAAGUUUCAUAUUAUAUUGCCAUUGGACUUCAAUUGUUUGAAAAUUUUCAUCACAUUUUAUAAAUUCUACAGAAGCAAGAUCUUUGCAAAAACAGGAACAUAUUCUUGUUUAUCUGAGAGCUUAGUUGAACUGCUACUUGUGAUUAAAUGGGUAGGAUUCAAGCCACUGAAGAAGUAGAAACUCCAACCUAUGGCAUACCGGUCGGCUCAAUCCCGCUGAAACUGCAAACAGGAGAGAGUCUGUCAAUCGGAAAUCCCUGGUCCACGGGGUUAUUCGAUUGCCAUGAAAACCAGACAAAUGCUGUAAUGACGUCAUGUCUACCUUGUGUAACGUUUGGUCAGAUAGCAGAGGUAUUGGAUGGUGGAGAAAUGACUUGUCCUUUGGAGAGUUUCAUUUAUGUGUUGAUGAUGCCAGCCUUGUGCUCUCAAUGGAUAAUGGGGUCAAAGUACAGAACAAAGCUGAGGAAGAAAUAUGAUUUGGUUGAAGCACCAUAUGAAGAUGUCAUCUCUCAUAUCUUCUGCCCCUGUUGUUCCCUUUGUCAAGAGUUCAGAGAGCUCCAAAUCAGAGGACUUGAUCCUGCUCUAGGAUGGAAUGGAAUCCUUGCUCAGCAACAGGGAAGACAAUAUCAAGAUCAGCAGCUGCAGAUUCCUCCAACUCAAAAGAUGUCGUCUUGAGUAAUUAAAAAGUUGUGAUUUCUCAUUUAAGAAUGUCAGCUACUACUUUCUUUCAUUUCAUAUUUAAAACGUUUGGGUGUUUGAAGUUCUGUUCAUUGAAAUCAGGAGAUAUAUAAAUGAACUUGUUACCUCCUUAAUCUCCCAAUGUACUACAAGCAUGUUUUCUUCCAA